AUGACAGGAAGCAGCCGCCGUCCAAUCAGAGGAGAGCAUGAGGAGAAAGAGAGAAGAAGAAGAGACCAAUCGUUAGCUCCGAGCAGCGAAAUCUACCAGGCAACACAUGACGGAGACGCUCCGGGACGCAGCGUCCAAUCAGCUGAUGUGUGUCAAGACCCCCCCAGGAAGCGCGUGGACUCGCCCAUGCUGAGCCGUCACGGCAAGCGGCGACCGGAGAGGAAGUCGAUGGAGGUGCUGAGCGUCACGGAGGGAGGGUCCCCCGUUCCUGUCCGACGAGCCAUCGACAUGGCAACGCACGGCCAGAGAUCGCGGUCGAUCAGCGGAGCGUCCUCCGGUCUGUCCACCAGUCCUCUCAGCAGUCCUCGGGUGACCCCCCACCCCUCCCCCCGAGGGAGCCCCCUCCCCACCCCUAAAGGCACCCCCGUGCACACGCCCAAGGACAGCCCGGCGGGGACCCCCAGCCCCACGCCGCCCCCCAGCCCCUCCAUCGGGGGGAUGCCCUGGAGGACGAGACUCAACUCCAUCAAGAACAGCUUCCUGGGCUCGCCGCGCUUCCACCGCAGGAAAAUGCAAGUUCCCACGCAGGAGGACAUGUCCAGUCUGACUCCAGACUCGUCUCCAGAACUGGCUAAGAAGUCGUGGUUCGGUAACUUCAUCAACCUGGAGAAAGAAGAGCAGAUCUUCAUCGUGAUCAGAGACAAACCUCUGAGCUCUAUAAAGGCCGACAUCGUCCACGCCUUCCUCUCCAUCCCCAGUCUGAGCCACAGCGUCAUCUCUCAGACCAGUUUCCGGGCGGAGUACAAGUCGACGGCCGGUCCGACGGUUUUCCAGAAGCCGGUGAAGUUCCAGGUUGACAUCACUUACACGGAGAGCAGCGGAGCCACCAAGGAGAACGGCAUCUACUCCGUCACCUUCACCCUGCUGUCAGGUCCCAGCCGGCGUUUCAAGCGUGUGGUUGAAACCAUCCAGGCUCAGCUGCUCAGCUCCGACCAGCCCGGCUCCCAGCCCCAAAUCUCUGACGAGAAGAACAUCCAAGCGUCCCACUCCCCUGGCGCCCCUGCCACGCCUAGCUCCCCUGCCAAGCAUGCCCCCAGCAGCAAGCCCAACCAGCCCCCGCCCAAUGACUCUAAAUGCCCCCCCGGCAAAGACAAAACAAAGACGGCCGCCAGCAACAGGACACAGGAACAACCUUAA